AGACUGCAUUGCCAAAAUAAAAACAGCGGGAGGGAGAGAGGCACAGGCUGCUCCCACGGCGAGAGUGUGGCAGUGCCCGCUGGAUCCAGGAGCCCUGCCUGCAGACAGAGGAACAUCUGUGUGCUCUGCUUCCCGAGGACACCCCGGAGCCAGCAGCUGAAUUCCUGCCCCAGCUGCAAGGAGAGGAGAUUAUCUUGGCUGGCUUAUGAUUGUGGCCUGGAUGGAGCCCUCCCACACUGCCCUGGGCAAGACAAAAGAACUCAUCAGGCACGGCCGGGAGAGGAUAGAACAAACCAUCAAGGCCUCUGGCUCCAGGCUCUGCUCAUAUGCUGAGCGAGUUGUUUUUUUAAUGGAUCGCUCCCGGAGCCCAGACAAAAGCAGCCAGCCUUCAACACCAACUGACAACAUCAACCUCGGACCUUCUGCUAACCCCAAUGCCAAGCCGACAGACUUUGACUUCCUGAAGGUUAUUGGCAAAGGAAGCUUUGGAAAAGUUCUCCUGGCCAAACGCAAGUGUGAUGGGACUUUUUAUGCAGUGAAAGUCUUACAUAAGAAAACCAUUCUCAAGAAAAAGGAGCAAAACCACAUCAUGGCAGAACGCAAUGUGCUCCUGAAAAAUGUCAAGCACCCCUUCCUUGUGGGACUCCACUACUCCUUCCAGACCUCAGAGAAGCUUUACUUUGUGCUUGACUAUGUAAAUGGGGGAGAGCUCUUCUUCCACCUGCAAAGGGAGCGCUGUUUCCGUGAGCCCCGGGCCCGGUUCUACGCUGCAGAAGUGGCCAGUGCCAUUGGGUACCUGCAUUCCCUAAACAUCAUCUACAGGGACUUAAAGCCUGAGAACAUCCUCCUGGAUUGCCAGGGACACAUAGUAUUGACAGACUUUGGACUCUGCAAAGAAGGAAUGGAGCAAGAGGAGACAACUUCUACCUUUUGUGGCACUCCUGAGUAUCUGGCUCCUGAGGUGCUAAAGAAGCAGCCCUAUGACAGGACAGUAGACUGGUGGUGCCUAGGAGCUGUCCUCUAUGAAAUGCUCUUUGGACUGCCUCCUUUUUACAGCCGGGAUGUGUCUCAGAUGUAUGACAACAUUCUGCACAAGCCACUACAGAUCCAAGGAACCAAGACUGUGGCAGCUUGUGACAUCCUUCAGGGACUUCUCCACAAGGACCAGAAGAGGAGGCUGGGUGCCAAAACAGACUUUCUUGAGAUAAAGAGCCAUGUAUUCUUCAGCCCAAUAAACUGGGAUGAUUUAUAUCACAAGAGGAUUACUCCUCCAUUCAACCCCAAUGUGGCUGGCCCAGCUGAUCUGCGGCACUUUGAUCCUGAGUUCACCCAGGAAGCCAUCUCUGCCUCCAUCACCCGCACGCCUGACCUGGCAGCCAGCAGCUCCAGUGCCUCAGAUGCAUUUUUAGGAUUUUCAUAUGCACCAGCUGAAGAGGACAUUUAAAUUUUACAAAGGCUUUGUCAAGCCAUAUUUUAAAUAAUGAGUUUUAUGGGGUUUUGUGUUUUUGUUUUUUUUUUCUUUUGAGAGGUUUGGUACUGUCCUUUGCUCAUGGUUUAAGGAAAUUGGCACUAACACACUAACUGGCUGGGAUGGAACAGAGCUCUUAAUUUUUGUUGUUUGGUGGAUUUUGUCCCUAAAUGAACGUUUCCCUCUCAGAGAAAGUGGGACACUGACUA